CCCGCCCUCUUAACCCUCUCCGCCCUCGCCGGAAACAGCGUCUCCUGGCUCAACACCGCCUCCUACCUCCUCGCCAUCAACAACUUCCCCCUCGACCGCAAAAUCGCCGUCGGCCUCUCCACUGCCUACGUCGGCCUCUCCACCGCCCUCUACACCAACUCCGUCCACCUCUUUGCUGGCCCUCACCGCCCCCCGGCCCUCCGUUCCGAGCUCUUCCUCCUCCUCAAUGCCCUAGUCCCACUCGCCGUCUGCCUCUUAGUCUCCCCAAUCAUACUCGCCCGAAACCCGCAAAAAUCCCGGGUCCUUUCCGGCGGCUUCCGGACACUCUUCACUAUCACUGUUCUCACUGGCAUUUUCGGCGUGGCGGCGAGUCUCGUCUCGCCACGUGUCCUCCCGGCGUCGGCCGUCGUGGCCGUUUUUCUCGUGUUAUUGCUAUUGCCGUUGGCCGUGCCGUUAGUCGAGUGGGCUCGGGAGAUGGUGCAGAAGAAGUGUUUGUUGAGGGUACACGACGAGGGUUCGCUUGAGGAGUACUCGGGCGGGAGUUUGUCGGUGGACAAGGAGUGUGACUUGGAGAGUGGGCCGGGCUUUGGGGAAGGAGAGGAGAUCAGGCCUUUGAUGAUGUUGAGACGGGUCGAGUUUUGGUUGUAUUUUUUCGUGUAUUUGUUCGGGGCAACGCUUGGGUUGGUUUAUUUGAAUAACUUGGGGCAAGUGGCCGAGUCGAGGGGGUGUUUGGGGACUUCGUCGCUCGUCUCGUUGUCUUCGGCUUUCGGGUUCUUUGGUCGCCUGCUGCCGUCGAUUUUCGACUACUUCUCCUCUUCGUCAUCCUCAAAACAUGCAAAUGAUGUUAGGGAGAGUAUUGCACCAUACAUGAAAUCCUCAGAAGAUGAGGUGAGGAGCAGCCGUAUGGGGAUUUUUUGGACAGUGAUUGUACGUUGCCUAUUCAAUGCAGGCCGAGGAGUUAGAAAUCUGAAAAAGCUGGCAGCGGGUGUCUCGACUGUGACAGGCAUCGGGGCCAUGAUGGCCCCUAUGUGCGUGGCCUUCUUCUUGCUGGCGAUAAGCCGCAGUGACGUGGCGCUCUAUUUGUCCACUGCAGUCAUAGGUGUCUGCACGGGCGCAAUAACCUCGGUGGCCGUGACCACGACAACAGAGCUCUUUGGAGCCGCCAAUUUCGGAGUGAACCACAACAUCGUGGUGCUUAACAUCCCAAUCGGGUCGUUCGGGUUCGGGUACUUGGCAGCCAUGCUUUACAACGAGGCAAGGGCAAAAGGGGAAGAUAGCUGCGUGGGGCAAGCGUGCUACCGGACAACGUUUCUGAUUUGGGGUUGUUUGUGCGUGUUGGGGACCUUGCUGGCAUUUGUUCUACGUUGGAGAAGUCAAAAGGCUGCGCGGUCUUAAUUUAGUCAUAUACGUGGUUUUUGAGGUGGAAGUUUUUGUAUUUGGCCUUGUAUAUUGAUACGUUUUUUUGCUGAUCUAAGUAAAAAGAAAUAUGAAGUAGAUUUAUUUUCUAUGGAUUUGUCCAUUUUAUACUUUUUAGGAAUAUAUGAUCAAUUGAAAUGUC